AUGAACAGCAUUUUAUCCAAAUCCUCCACCGCCAUGAGCAACCAGAGAAAAUUCGAGUUGUUAAAAGCUGUAUUCUCUGAAGUAAUGGAGGCCGUUAGACUUCAUCCUGAUCUAAAUGCCAAUGAUCUUGCAUUGCUGACGUUGAGGCGUCCAGAUGGGACCGACAUGACGAGUGUUCAAGCAAUAUCCUCCCUUGCCACCAGUCGCUCCCCAUCGGACAAAGGUUUGAAAGGACAAAAGGCUUCAUUAAAUGCUUCUUCUUCUCAUGCGCCCAACGUAGCUGUAAUGCCUAAAACUUCUCCUUCUGCAAUCGAAGAAUGGGACUUUGUCGACAGUGACCCAGCCGCGACUGCCGAAAUGCAAAUUGGCGGAAUAGAGGAGGAUGAAGAAACCCAACCGAAGCCCAAAGCGGGGGGUGACGGCCCCACUGAAAGCGACAUUAUUGUGACUGAUUUUGCAGAGCGCGGGUCCAAUGAAACAGGUCCAAAAGUUCAGACCAUCAUGUCUCAAGCAUUAGAGACGAGUUUGGCUCGAUUUGACAUUCAAAAGUGUGUCAUUCUUGGAACACUGGUAUCCAUGCUGGUCGAGAUGAUGCAGCUGCUGCAACAACAACAGAAUAAGUAUCCCGCCGGACAAGAUCCAUUUGAAAUCGCCACUCGCAUCUAUGAAAGGUGUACCGAUGGCAACGACGACGAUAAUAAUAACAAUGAUGCAUCGUCCAUUCUGUACGAAGCUGCCUUGGCAAUUUCGCUCUUGGUUCCAUUCACCACCAAAGUCUCGAGUAAUGCGAGUGGAAGCGGGAACGAACCAACCUUUUUAGGACAUAGAGUCGGGGUUGAUCAUCAACCAGGAGAACCACAAGAACCUGGUGAUUUAGUAGCAGACGCAGAAGUAGCUCUCCCAGCAACUGCUGCGAGAAUUGAAUUUCUCGUCUUGGAUUCCAAGGAUGGGUGGGAUCGACUCUAUAUUGGCAGCGUCUUUAACGAUUUACCACAAGGUGUCGGAUGUACUUUUUGGGCCAAGAAGAAGGACAAACUGAGUUUGAGUGUCAUCCGGACAGCCUGCGGAACCUGGAACAAGGGCCUCUUGAACGGAACGGGCUGGGAAAUGUAUGAAAGUGGAUCCAGAUAUACUGGCAACUUUCAAGGUGGCAUUCGUCAGGGAGCUGGAAUGAUGACGUAUCGCGAUGGUUUGGUGCGCAAAGGCAUCUUUGAUACUUGGGAUCAUAGACUCUGA